UUCUAUCGAGUCUCUUUCUCGUCAUUCUCUCACUCAAGCUCGGGCUCUCUCACUUCUCUCCCGGCUGGUGUCGCAGUCAAGCUCUCUCGUCGUCUCUUACUUCUCGUUCGGUCUCGCACUCUGUUUCGGACUCAAGCUCGUCGUCGCGCUCUGUGUGGUCACCGUCUCGCAGUCAGCGCGCGCCUUCCCCGCGCUCGUCGUCACCGGCGGCUGGUCGUCGUCAUGGCUGUUUGUCUCGCCACCGUCGCGCACUCAGUCGCGCCUUCCCUGCGCUCGUUGCCGCCGGCGGCAGAAGCAGAACGUCCCGGGGCUGGUCGUCGUUGUUGUGUUCUUGCUUUGAGCCUCACCGUAAGCAGCUGGUCCCCGAUUUGAUCAAUUAAAUUUGGAAGAUGAUCAAGAUAACCAUGGAAAGUAACAAUGCUAUGGAAGAUAUAGAUGCAAAUUAAUGAAGGAAAUGUUGGUCAAGCUUCAAAUUUGUCCUCUGAAGAUAUAGAUGCCGACUUCGAGAUCACCCAUUGGAUUUGAUUUACCGAUUGUGUUAUCUUUUGCUUUCUCUUGUUCAUUUAGAUUGAGAAAGUAUUUUGUAUUCAUGACUAGUUUAUUCUUUUUACGUCAUUAGUUAUGUCUAAGAAUUGAUAGUUGGUUGUUAUUAAUAUGUCUUCAUUUUAAGUUUUAACUUUUGAUUUUAGUUUUAUUUUCAUAAUUUUACAUUUUUAUUUAAUUAUGACCGGGUCAAGUGGGUAAAUCAGUGACUCAUCGGUUGAACUAGUAACCCGGUGGCUUGGUCGUAUGACCAGGUCAAUUACGGUUUGAUAACUAUAUUUGAGACUUUGCAGUUAGCAGCAUAAUGGUGAUGACCAACAAUCCCAGCACGAGCUUUUCCUUUCCACGCCAACCUUACGUUCUCUCAGCACCUUCCACUCCCAAAACUGCAAUUUGCUGCUACUCACCUCCAGAGCUUUCAAAGGGCCACCUUGGAACCAGAUUAACGGAAAACCACGUUGCGCCAACUCAAACCCAUCAACAGUCCCGGGUUCAACCACUCAUUGAUCUCCUGAAGGCUUGCGAAGAAACUAGGUCUGUAAAGAUUGCAAAUUGCAUUCAUGGGUACGUACUAAAAUCCGGUUUUGAGGGCAAGGAAUUGUUGGUGUUUCUGAACCAUAUAGCUCACGUCUACUCCAAGUGCAUGGUCUAUGAUGCUGCCCUUAAGGUGUUUGCUGGUAUGCCCCAAAGGAAUGUGUUUUCUUGGACCGUCAUGAUUGUUGCAUCUAAUGAACGUAGAUUCUACCUUGAUGGAUUGGAGCUGUUUCAUAUGAUGUUAGACGAAGGAGUGUUGCCUGAUGGGUUUGCUUUCUCUGCUGUUCUGCAAUCGUGUGUUGGAUUUGGUUCGACUGCGCUUGGCGAGAUGGUGCAUGCCCAGGUUGUUGUCAGAGGCUUUCUGAUGCAUGCGGUUGUUGCCACAUCUCUUCUUAACUUCUAUGGCAAGUUAGGCAAGUGUGAAAGUUCGAUUAAGGUGUUUAACAGCAUGACAGAGCUUAAUAAUGUCUCUUGGAAUGCAAUGAUAUCAGGUUUUACCUCUAAUGGUCUACACCUACAAGCAUUUAGUUGGUUUAUCAAUAUGAUUGAAGAAGGGGUUGCACCUAAUACUUUCACCUUUUUAAGUGUUUCUAAGGCUGCUGGGCAGUUGGGUGACAUUAACAAGUGUCAUGAAGUUCAUAGGUAUGCUUCCAAAUGGGGAUUGGACUCCAACACUGUAGUUGGAACAGCUCUGAUUGAUAUGUAUUCCAAAUGUGGGUUUCUGUCCGAUGCACGAGUUCUUUUUGACUCGAAGUUCACAUGUUGUCCGGUUAACACACCCUGGAACGCAAUGAUAACAGGUUAUUCACAAGCUGGUUCUCACCAAGAUGCUUUGCAACUGUUUUCAACGAUGCGUCAAAAUGAUGUCAAACCAGAUGUUUACACAUUCAGUUGUGUGUUCAACUCAAUUUCUGCUUUGAAGUGUGCAAAAACCUUGGCAGAGACUCAUGGGAUGACUUUAAAAUUUGGAUUUGAUGUGAUGCAAAUCAGUGCUUCAAAUGCCCUUGCUGAUGCAUAUGCCAAAUGCGAGUCAAUUGAAGCUGCAGAGAACGUAUUUAACAGAAUGGAAGAGAAGGACAUUGUAUCUUGGACAACCAUGAUCACUGCAUAUUGUCAAUAUUCUGAGUUGGAGAAAGCCUUGACCAUCUUCUCCCAAAUGCGCAAUGAAGGCUUUGCUCCCAAUCAUUUUACCUUUUCAAGUGUGAUAACAGCAUGUGGUGGCCUUUGUUUACUGGAAUAUGGUCAACAAGUUCAUGCCCUGAUAUGCAAGGCCAACCUGGAUUCUGAAGCAUGUAUAGAAAGUGCUCUAAUUGACAUGUAUGCAAAAUGCGGUAAUCUGAUGGAAGCAAAGAAGAUUUUUGAAAGAAUAUCUAACCCAGACACUGUUACUUGGACUGCGAUAAUAUCAACUUAUGCUCAACAUGGUCUAGUUAAAGAUGCACUUCAAUUAUUCAGAAAGAUGGAACAGUCAGGGGCAAAGGUCAAUGCUGUUACGCUAUUAUGCAUCCUUUUUGCUUGUAGCCACGGAGGCAUGGUGGACGAUGGCUUGAAAAUUUUUCAUCGGAUGGAGGAUGCCUACCGUGUGGUACCGGAAAUGGAACACUAUGCUUGUGUUGUUGAUCUCUUGGGGCGUGUUGGUCGCUUAGAUGAAGCAAUGGAAUUCAUAGACAAGAUGCCAAUCAAGCCAAAUGAAAUGGUGUGGCAUACAUUGUUAGGGGCAUGUAGACUUCAUGGAAAUGCCGAGUUGGGAGAGACGGCGGUGCAAAAGAUCUUAUCUGUUCAACCAGAACAUCCAUCUGCUUAUGUUCUUCUGUCCAACACUUACAUAGAGUUAGGACUCCACAAAGAUGGAGAUAGUUUGAGAGAGGUGAUGAAAGAACGAGGCAUAAGAAAGGAACCAGGACAUAGUUGGAUUUCUGUGAGAGGGGAGGUUCACAAGUUUUAUGCUGGGGAUCAACAGCACCCACAAAAAGAUAGAAUCUACAAUGUUUUACAUGAGUUGUAUGCAAAUAUUAAGCGCAUGCAUUGUGGACAAGAAUUCAGUUAUGUGUCUUAACAUUUGAAAUUGAAAUUGUCCAUUAAAAUCA